UUGUCCAGCUUGUUGGGCUAACUUCAGACAAAUAUUCUGCUCUAUGACCUGUGAUCCUUUCCAGGCCAACUUCCUUGCUCCUUUAUCGAUAAAAGAGGGCUCUGUUGAAGGAGUUAAGUAUCUUUUAUCUCACCAGUUCGCCGAUGGCUUUUACAACAGCUGCCGAGAUGUUUCAAUGGGCAACGACCGAGUCAUCGAUAUGAUAUGCGAGCAGCCUGACUGUACUCUCGAUCUGCUUCUGCGUGCGCUUGGAAAUGGUAGUCGGGCCCCAUUUUACAUCGAUUUUGUCGUUUCAGAUGUCCCGGAGCCCCGGCCUUCAGUAAGGGCAACCAUAGCAGUGGAUUCCAUUGGAGAGAGUCUUCGGAAACAGGAAGGGGUGAUGACCAUAACCACAUCUGCCGCCAUACAGCUAUCUACAGAAUUUAUCGUGCCAAUGAAUGCUACCGCCUGGCCGUGUAAUAAAGGUGUUCCUGCACGAGGCAAAGACGUGGAAACUGAAGCUUGUUCGUGCCUCGACUGCAACUCUUCAUGUACUCCGGUGCCUCCUCCAAAACCUAAGCCAACGCCACCAUCCUUUCUAGGCAUUCCUAUCUCCUACAUAAUCGGCUUCUUAAUAUUCGCCUUGUUUUUGCUCGUGUUUGCCGCUUACCACAUCUUUAUCUACCUUAAUCCACCUACCUUGAACCUACCUAUUGCUCCACCGUCUAACGAGGAUCAGCCGAGGGCCUUUUGCCUUGACGCGGCCAGUAUAAAGGCAGAGACAUGGCUCAAUUCGCGAUUUAUCUAUUAA